AAUCAAUCACAAUUUAAUGCUGCUGAACAAUCACAACCUAAUACAACAGAACUCCUACAGCAAGCACAACUUACUACUAAAGAUCUUAUUUCUAACAUUCAAAGCCUAACAAAAGCCCUUGAUGAUCUUAAUAUUAACUGA